AUGGUCAGUUCUAACUGUUCUGCUGUCACUGUUGUGGCUCCGAUCAACAUCGCAAUUAUAAAAUACUGGGGCAAAAGAAAUGAGGAGCUGAUGCUCCCGUGGAAUGAUUCGAUUUCUGUUUCGAUUAAUGAUGUCUUUGCCGAAACGUGUAUUCGCAUGGGACCAAGUAUUAAGGACGAUAACGUCUCUAUAAAUGGUGUUCAUGUAGAUCUGGAAAAGGAAUCUAGGUUUUCAAAACUCAUCGUGGAGAUGAAGAGAUAUGCACGCAAGAGGAAAGCAGUUUCAGGAAACGGAGAUUCGGAAGAACAGAAAGACAGACAUUUUCCUAAUUUUGAGCUUUUGUUACAGAUUACUUCGAAAACGAAUUUUCCAGUUGCGGCAGGACUUGCUUCAUCAGCAGCUGGUUUUGCAGCCAUUGCUGUCGCUUUGGGUAAAUUGUUUGAUUUGCCCCAAAGCGAUAUUAUUCGGCUUGCACGGCAAGGUUCUGGAAGUGCCUGCAGAAGUGUUCUAAGUGGUUUUGUUCAUUGGAAAGCUGGUUUUAAAGAGGACGGUUCGGACUGUAUAUGUGAAAGUAUUGCACCUAUUGACCAUUGGAGCUCGUUGAGGGCUUUAGUGCUGGUAACUCAGAGUGGUAAAAAGGAGAUUGGGAGCACAGUUGGUAUGCGUCGAACGGCGAACACAUCGGAGUUGUAUCGGUUGUGUCAGGCAAUUCAGAAUAGAGACUUUGAAGUUUUUGCAAAUAUUGCGAUGAAAGAAAGUAACCAGAUUCAUGCCCUUUGUAUGGAUGCAACUCCCCCAAUCAAGUACUUGGACGAACACUCUUGGCAUCUAAUUCGCUUAGUUCAUUCAAUUAAUGAAUUCAUUGGUAAAACUAAAUUAGCUUAUUCAUUUGAUGCUGGCUCGAAUUGUACGCUGUUUUUGGAAGAAGAUUUUAUACCGAAAACUCUUGCAUUCCUAAAGAAAUAUUUUUGCCUGCCCGGUGAAAUCAUCGAUCAAGUCCUUAAAAGUCCAGCGGGAAUGGAAAUUCCAGAACUUAAGAAACAGUUAGAAGACAUGUCCGUGCAACUGGAACUGCCAAACAUGCCGCAAAUACAUAAUGCAAUCAAGAAUGUUUUCUUGAGCCAUGUUGGAGCAGGACCACGAAUACUGACCCCAUAG